UUGUUUCCCUCCAUCUCUGCCUUUCCCUCAGUGCUCGGACGUUGCGUUAAGGUGAGCAUCCGAGUCCCGCUCUUGGGGAAAUUCGAGGAAAGUCAGACGACAUAUACACCUUCAAGGGACAGUGUAAGAAUUUGAAUCGAGACGACAGACAUUUCGCCGCCUGUGUGCAGUUGUUUCGAAACUACAGUAAAAUGGAUCCAAUGACUCAGUCCGCCCAGAUAUCAUCGUCACAAGGGUUUGCCGAUGGGCAAAAUUCUGCUGCCAAAGAAUCAAAGCUAUCCGAUUCCUUUCUUUCCUCUUCGCCUGUAUCUCUCAUUCAGUCUCCUCAAGACAAAAGAGUCGUCCUGGGCUCCGAGAAGCCCUCAAGCGAAGGUGUAGCGACAUCCCUUCGCUUUCCUUCACAACCUGGUUCAUUCACACCUGGUCAUUAUGGGAGUGAAGCAGGGCCACCAGAUGGACAACCAGAUUCACCAAUAAAGACAUCUCCUGUUUCAGAGAGAAUAAAGGCACUGGAGGCCCUUGCUGCCAAAAAGAAGGAACCUGAUUUUAGAAGCGACGGAGGUUUCUCUCACUUCAGAGAUCGCCACUAUGAAAAAUCUUCUACUGAGUCCCAAAAAUCUCCCACUGAGUCCCAAAAAUCUCCCACUGAGUCCCAAAAAUCUUCUACUGAGUCCCAAAAAUCUCCCACAUCUCCCACCGAGUCCCAAAAAUCUCCCACUGAGACCCAAAAAUCUCCUACCGAGACCCAAAAAUCUCCUGUAAAAAUUGUGCCAACUGUAGAGAAAAAAGGGGGUUCUGCUGAUCAGGAGUCACCGGAAUCCCCCUUUGAGGUUCUUGGAGAUUUAAGACAAGUGAAUGAAUUUGAAGAAACAGAAGAGUGGAUGAAGGCUCAUUUACCUCCAGUGCCAGACUUUGAUGCUGCAGAUUUAAUUAAAGGCACCCUGACUUCAGACAAUCUUGCAUCAAAGGAGGAGAAGGGGACUGAAAUAGUUAUACCUGAUGCUCCCGCUGCCUUUGCUGGUGUCCCUGAUGCUUUCAUGGAUUCUCCUAUUCAAACUUCAGAGCAGAAGGAUGAGUUCAGUGAUGCACAGAAGCAGCCAAGUGUUGAGGAGGAGUCUGAGUUCGAUCUUAGUUUUUUGCCAACAGCCUACAUGUGGGAUCAGCAGGAAAAAUCAGGUGUCCAAACUCAAGCUAGUCUUGAUUCAGAGCUUCCAGCUUCAUCUGCAACUCCUGCAGGCUUUGACUCUUCAUCUCCUCCUGUUUCCCCACCAGUUGACACAAACGCUAAACAGAAUGUUUCAGAUGACAAGAAGACCACUUGGACUCGAGAUCUGGAGCCCCCAGAGGUUAGUGAAGCAGACAGCUCAGGAGAGUCAGACGAUACUGUCAUUGAAGAGGGUGUCACUGUUCCUGCUUCUGUUCCCCUUCCAUCUUCUGAUCCAUCGUUUUCAAAUGAACCUACGACUACCCCUGCCUCUGCAGCUCCUGAACUUCCCACUGAGGAAAAGGAAACCCCUCCACCAAAGUCUGAGAGGAAGCUAAUGCAGGUUCCAACAAUCAAUGUUAUUGAGACAGAUGAGCCAAAUUACAGUGAUGAGGAGAUGGAAAUGGAGCUUGAAGCAGAGGAAGAUGAGGAUUAUGGGGGUGUAAAAGACACAGCCAGAGAGGCUACAAAAACUCCGGAGCCAGAGGACAGUAAAAAUGAAGCACCCAAGACACGCCCCUUAGAAACUGAAUUCAUGGAAGGCUACUCUCCUCCAUCCUCCCCGGUGGACUCUGAUGUUGAAUACUCUCCCAAACACAAGAUACUAAAAUCUCUUCCAGAAACAGUCCACCAGGAAUCUACAUCCCAGCCUGAAGCCUUACCCAGUCCCGAUAUUUCAAAGGACUCAGCAUCCGACUUUUCCCAAGCACAGUCGAAUAAGGUAAAUGAUGAACCCUCCCCAUUCACAAAUGAAGAAGUGGACUUUCCAGACAAUGAGGACGAAUGGUCAGAUGAAGCACAAGAUGUUGAGGUCAAACCUUGCAGGACUGAUCUUUUGUCCAAGGAACCAGUUCCUUUCGCCCAAUCUAAAAUGGAUGAAAAGAGCAUUUCAGCUGUAAAAGAGACUUGUACGGAGACACCUUCCUUUUCUAAAUCCAGCUUCAUGCAAGACGAUAUAUAUGACAGACAAUCAUUUGAUUAUGAUUAUGAUGCAUCCUCAUCCCUGGAUGACAUUGAUGACAAAGUGCGAAACAAUGCUAAGGAGCGGUUUCUUUCUGAUCCAUCUGAUAUCAACAUUGAAACACUGAAUACAAGCACUGCACAAAAUGAUGUUCCAGAGGACAUUCAAAAUCUAGAUGAAUACACUUCACCGAAUGAUGGUGAAAGACUGAGCAGCAUCAAUGAACAAGAUCUCAAUAAGAAAAUGACCACUGACAUCAGUUCAGAUAACAUGGCAAAUGGAAACUCCGUCCCAGCACAGACAAUUGGCUCAAAGAUCGUGCAGGACACUGAAGCAGGUCACCAAGCACCUGAUGCAACAAGGAACCCAGAAAGCAUUGACCCUGACAGGUCAGAUUCAGAGCCCACAGAUAGCUUUGUGGAGUUCAUGAGAGAGUGCCUAAAAUCUAGGCAGGAUGAAGAACCUGACAAUGUUCACCAAAAUGUUCCCUCCGAGACUGAAUUCUCCAAAACUAGUUGGCCUCCCUCCCAGUCCCCUCCAACCAUGGUGAUGGAUCUCGAACAAGAACAACUUACCAUAAGUGCUCUUAAAGAGCUGGGCAGCAGUCAAGAGGAAGAAGAGGAGGAUAUGGUGUCUCUCCAGCCUGUGGUUCCUGACCAGGAGAAAGCUAACCCCAAUGCUACAUCUACACAGCAGUCCUCCUUUACCUCAGUUCCUAACCCUCCAUGUUCCCAAAGUGACCAUGUAUUCGACAGCACGUAUUCCAAAGAAGUGGAAGCCAUCGACGAAUGGGUAGCUGAAGCCUAUCAUCUUGCUGAGCAUGUCUUGACAGCAAUACUAACCCACUUAUCAGUCAAGGAUCUGAUCCACUGGCGAGACCCCAAGAAGUCGGGCUUGGUGUUCGGUCUGUCCAUGCUCCUGCUGCUGUCGCUUGCGGCCUUCAGCGUCAUCAGCGUGGUCUCCUACCUGCUGCUGGCCCUGCUCUGUGUCACCAUCACCUUCCGCAUCUACAAGUCUGUGGUCCAGGCCGUGCAAAAGUCUACCGAGGGACACCCCUUCAAAACCCUCAUAGAUAAGGAUGUUAGCAUCCCCCCAGAGACUUUCCGCAAGCACGUGGACGCCAGUCUGACCUACAUCAACCGAGCCCUGAAGCAAAUGAGCCGCCUCUUUCUGGUUGAGGACCUUGUGGACUCCCUAAAGCUGGCUGUGGUCAUGUGGCUGAUGACCUACGUAGGAGCCGUCUUCAAUGGAAUCACCAUCCUCAUCCUCGCCAACAUUCUGCUCUUCGCUGUGCCUCCAGUCUACGAGAAGAACAAGACCCAGAUUGAUCAGUACAUCGACGUGGCACGUACUCAAGUCAACACCACAAUCGCCAAGUUGCAAGAGAAACUGCCCGGAGCUGUGAAGCGCAGCAAAACUGAAUGAUCAGCCCCCCCCCCUCCAUUAGAAGCCUCCACAUCACCAUCAUCCUCAUCUCCAUCACCAUCUUAAACCCCCUUACCUCCCCCCUACCCCUCUCCAGUUAACCCCGCCCCCAGUCUAACUGCCCCUCCCUACUCCAUCUACCAUCACCACCCUACUACACUGAACCUUGCUAGGUAGAAAAUCUCUGAGCUACUCGAUAUUCAAUGUAAAACUACUGCGCAGCUUAACUUGCAAGCAUUAGAAAAGAACUGUGCCUGUGCAGACAGGAAGCGCAUCGCUAGCGAGGAAGUGAUGUAACGCCGCGCCCGGACCCCGCCUGUCUGUGGGCGUUGCCACAGGGGAAUGGAGGCAGGGUCGAGUGAACUAGACUGAAUCUAUGACCUGGUUUUCGUCAUGUACAGCGAGCAGGGGGUGGACGAUGGCUGUUUAUGUCACCAAAAAGCAAAUGUCUGUACUUAAAACCACAUUUCCAUGAACGUAAAAGGAUAAUUUAAGAUGGAGACGUUAAAGAAAAACAAAAAUGUAAAAUAAAGACGAAAAAAAAAAGAAAAAAAUGGAAUAAAGCAACCUUCUGGGUGUUAUUGUUGAUAGUCUUAUCCUGCUCUCGUGCUCUCCGGCUGUUGUAUGGAUAGAUAUGAGUUCAUUUUUAGGAGCUGGUUAAUGGGUUUGCUGUUAUUGAUUGGCCUGUUUUUGAGUUUGUUUCCAUUCACCUUACAGGCACUUGUGUAUGUAAGUUUCUGCAAUGCACUGAACUUUUAUUUUUCAGACCUUUUGAGCAGGUUGAAAUAAAAGGAUUGGAACACUGA